UGCUUACAAUAAGUCUUUUUGUAGCCUGAAUACCUACAAGUAGUGGGUUUUUUUUAAGAACAACUUUAUAUAAUUUGAUUUAAGCUAAUUUGUAAGAUGAGGUGAUUUGAACCCUGCUUAUGAGUUCACUAAUACUUGCAGUAGAAAAUAUUUUUUUGUUUUUUAACCACUUAAUCCUCACAUGGCUUCUCAGAUUAUUUUAAGUACCAAUACUGCAUUUAAAAUUUCCUGAUUGAUUUGACUCCCAUGUCACUAAACAGAAAUCUGUGUAAUCUAGGGCAGUUAUGUAUGCUUACAAAUUGUGGCAAAACACUAAGCAAAGUAAGAUGGCAUUAAGGGAUCAGUGUGUAACAGUGAAAAGCAACAGUGAAAACCCUAAAAGCAAUUAAACCUUCUCGUAUACCAGGCUUUUGUACAUUUAGGCCAAAUCCUGGGCGUCUUGCUAAUGAAUAGAGUCAUAAGAGUUUUGCUGGACUUGUAUCUGUUUUCUAAACUGCUGAAGUACUACGUUUGACACUUCACUGUUCUAGGUAGCUGUAGUGUACGUGCUGUAUCCAUUUUAACUUGGAAAUACAUGCUUAAAGUACCUACCUCUUGGUUUGCGUAAGGUACUUCUUUUUUUAGUUUUGUAGGGUUUUAAGGGUAUGGCAGAAGUGUUGUUUAAUUAUUGUCUUUAAGCUUGCUCCUGCAUACAAGCUUCAGCUUACAGAAGUGUUCAUGCUAAAAUACUACUAUUCACCUACAUUAUUUGCCGUAACUACAUGUCCUUGCAGCUGAUGAUGCCACUAUUGCACAGCAGUAAUUAAUGUAUUAAAUUCUUUCCACUUGGAAAGGAGUACAAGGGAGUUGUCCAAGCAGCCAGGGAUCAGGUUAGGAAAGCUGAUAGAAUCAAAUCUGGCCAGGGGCAUCAAGGGUAACAAGGAAAGUUUCUACAAGUGCAUCAGCAAUAAAAAGAAGACUAGGGAAAAUGUGAGCCCUCUCCAGAAAAAAACAGGAGACCUGGUCAUGUGCGAUAUGGAGAAGGCUGAGGUACUCGAGGUUUUUUUUACCACAGCCUUCAAUGACAAGGGCUCUAGCCACCACCCAAGUUGCAGAAGGCAAAGGAAGAUCUACCCACUGUAGGAGAAGAGCAGUUUUGAGACCAUCAAAGGAACCUGAAAUCGACUUAGUUCAUCCAUGGCUUCUGAGGGAAAUGGUGGAGGCAGUUGCAAAGAUGUUUUAUGUCAUAUUUGAAAAGUCACAGCAUGCUGAAGUUUGCACUGACUAGAAGAGAGGAAACAUAACCCCCACUUUCAAAAAGGUUUUCUCUAAGGAAGACUUGGGGAACUACAGGCCAGUCAGUCUUACUUCUGUGCCUAGCAAGGUAAAGGGGCAGAUGCUCCUGAAGGCUCUACUAAGGCACAUGGAAAGUCUGGAGGUAGUUGGUGGUAACCAACAUGGCUUCACCAGGGGCAAAUCAUGCCUGAUAAAUUUGGUGGCCUUUUACAGUGGUGUGACUGUUGGUUGUCAAAGGGAGAGAAACUGAUGUCAUCUCCCUGGACUUGAGCAAAGUGUUUGAUGCUGUCCCACACAAUAUCCUGGUCUCUGAAUUGGAAAGAUAUGGAUUCAAUGGAUGGACCACUCUGUGAAUAAGAAAUGGGCUGGAUGGUUGCACUCGGAGUUGUCAUCAAUGGCUUGCUGUCCAAAUGUAGACCAGUGGAGUUCCCCAAAGACCAGCAUGUUUUGGAAAUUUGAUCUCCAUUCAUCAUCACACAUAGAUACACUUCUGGAGAGAGAAGAUGUAACACUGAAGGAAUUGAUGGAUGAAGAGGAUGUGCUGCAAGAGUGCAAGGCUCAGAAUCGCAAACUUAUAGAGUUUCUGCUGAAGUCAGAAUGCUUGGAAGACUUAGUUUCAUUUAUUAUUGAAGAGCCACCUCAAGACAUGGAUGAAAAAAUCCGAUAUAAAUAUCCAAACAUAUCAUGUGAGCUGCUUACAUCAGAUGUCUCACAGAUCAAUGAUAGGCUGGGAGAAGAAGAAUCCUUACUUGUGAAACUGUACAGCUUCCUCUUAAAUGAAUCUCCUCUAAACCCUUUACUGGCCAGUUUCUUCAGCAAGGUGCUAAGUAUUCUUAUAAGCAGAAAGCCAGAACAGAUUGUGGAUUUUUUAAAGAGGAAACAUGAUUUUGUAGAUCUCAUUAUUAAGCACAUAGGGACCUCUGCCAUCAUGGACUUGUUGCUCAGGCUACUGACUUGCAUAGAACCUCCACAGCCCCGGCAAGAAGUGCUGAAUUGGCUAAAUGAGGAAAGAAUUAUUCAGAGGCUAGUGGAAAUCGUACAUCCAUCUCAAGAUGAAGAUAGGCAUUCAAAUGCAUCACAGUCACUCUGUGAAAUUAUUCGUCUAAGCAGAGACCAGAUGUUACAAGUACAGGGCAGUUCAGAACCAGAUCCACUGCUUGCAAGUCUAGAGAAGCAAGAAAUCAUAGAGCAGCUUCUGUCUAAUAUUUUUCAUAAAGAAAAAAAUGAAUCCGCAAUAGUCAGUGCAAUCCAAAUACUGUUGACCUUACUUGAGACAAGACGACAGACAUUUGAAGGCCAUAUAGAGAUAUGCUCUCCAGGCAUGAACAAUUCAACAUAUUUGGUCAACAAAAAUGUUUUAGAAGCCAUAAAAGUACGACUUCCAUCCUUCCAUGAACUCUUGCUUGAGCCUCCAAAAAAAAGUAUUGUGAAGACAACCUGGGGAGUAUUGGAUCCACCCGUGGGAAACACACGUUUAAAUGUAAUUAGGUUAAUAUCUUGCCUAUUACAGACUAAUACAAGCAGUGUGAAUCAGGAGCUUAUAGAGCUUAACAGCAUAGGAAUAGUACUGGACAUGUUCUUCAAGUAUACAUGGAAUAACUUUUUGCAUACUCAAGUAGAAAUCUGUAUUGCAUUGAUUCUUGCAAGUCCUCUUGAAAGCACAGAUAAUGUUACAAUUACAGAUCAGGAUGCCACUGGGGAGGACAAUCUCUUACUGAAACAUCUCUUUCUUAAGUGCCAAUUAAUAGAACGAAUACUUGAAGCAUGGGAGAUCAAUGAGAAGAAACAGGCUGAAGGAGGAAGAAGGCAUGGCUAUAUGGGUCAUCUGACAAGGAUAGCAAACUGUAUUGUGCACAGUACAGACAAGGGGCCAAACAGUACUCUAGUCCAGCAGCUCAUUAAAGAGCUUCCAGAUGAGGUCAGAGAACGAUGGGAGACAUUUUGCACAAGCUCUUUAGGAGAAACUAACAAGAGGAAUACCGUUGACCUGGUUACUACCUGCCACAUUCAUUCUUCCAGCGAUGAUGAAAUUGACUUCAAAGAAACUGGUUUCUCACAGGAUUCUUCUUUACAGCAGGCCUUUUCUGAUUAUCAGAUGCAACAAAUGACGUCCAAUUUUAUUGACCAGUUCGGCUUCAACGAUGAGAAGUUUGCUGAUCAAGAUGACAUUGGCAAUGUUUCUUUUGAUCGGGUCUCAGACAUCAACUUUACACUCAAUACAAAUGAAAGUGGCAACAUAGCUUUGUUUGAGGCAUGCUGUAAGGAGCGGAUACAGCAGUUUGAUGAUGGCGGUUCUGAUGAAGAGGACAUUUGGGAAGAAAAACAUAUUUCAUUUGCACCAGAGUCCCAGAGGCGUUCCAGUUCGGGCAGUACAGACAGUGAAGAAAGUACAGAUUCUGAAGAGGAGGAUGGAACAAAACAAGACUUGUUUGAAUCACACACCAAUACAGAGGACAAAAUGGAAGUAGACUUAAGUGAACCACCAAAUUGGUCAGCUAACUUAGAUGUACCCAUGGAGACUGCACAUGGUGCCAGUCUGCAUUCUGUUGAGUCUGAUGUGUGGAGUACAGAAGAACCUAUGCCAGCAAAAGAAACUGGUUGGGCCUCCUUUUCAGAGUUUCCAUCCUCUUUAAGCUCAAAAGAUUCUCAAAGAAGCAGUUCUCCUGUCGAAAUGGAAACAAACACGGACCAAGUUGACCCAUUGAGUGCAAAUGUAACUGCUCUUGCAACACAGCUAGAGAGCAGAACAAGAAGUGCAGAUGAGAAGUCUAGGGAGACUGGACUUCCCAAAAGCUUGUCUGUACUUGGAAACUUACUUUCAAGUUCGUAUUGUAUGGGCUUGUACAGGCAAACCUGUUGCACCCCAGGAAGUGUUGCUAUGGAGGCUAGCUCAGAUGGAGAGGAUGACGUAGAAAAUGCAGACAAGGUAACUGAAACAAUAAUGAAUGGCAGCAUGAAGGAGACACUGAGCCUUACUGUAGAUGCUAAAACUGAAACAGCUGUCUUCAAGAGAGUGUUGAAAUCCUAUCGUGAGGAAGGAAAAUUGUCCCCCUCACGGGAUGCUUCUUGUAAAUAUGUAGUAGAAGAGAAUGCAGAGAUUGCAGAAGAGGCUUCUUCAGCUCUGCAACCUACUGACAGUAGUCCAGAACAGAGGACUGAGGAGCAAACCCAUUUAGAAGAGGGGUCUGUUAAUGGCCCUGUAUGAUAUGUGAUGUCUGCUGCCUUGGCUGAAGAAAAUGAACUGAGAUCCAGGUGUUUGAGUGUUUCUUGAGGAUUUCAUCUAGACCCUGUUGAAGCCAGUCACUUCUGCACUAAUUUUGCAAGGGAUCAGGACCAGCAACAUUUAUAUUCUAGAUUUUAAGACAUUGUACAGAAAUUCCUAAGUGUAAAAAUAUUGCACAUUGAGAAAUACCAAUAAUUUUUGCGUACAUUUAUAUUGUAUUGUUCUAAAUAACGGGUAGCCUGUGAAAUAAGAUCGUGCUACCCAGGUAAUGAUGACAGUAGUGUUACUGUAGUUAAAAUGGCUGUAAGAAUAGUUUUAUAAAAAAGUGAAUACACAAAUCUAAUGUAUUUGAGACAACUAUUUGAUGAUUAGUGUGACCAAAGUAUUUAGCAGUUUUCAUACAUUUUUCACCUUGUAAAAAGAAAAGAAAAAAAUGAAUUAAUGUUUCUUCUGAAACUGAAAAGCCCUAUAAAUGUUAUUUUGGUUGUUUUAGCUUACAGAAGUGAUUUAAAUAAGAAUUCUGGGUGUUCAACAUUUUACAACACGUUUUUUAAUUGGUAAUUGUUUUCUGUAUUGUUUAAAACAUAUAAAAAAUGUAUGUCUAUUGGUAGAGAUUUUAAAUAUUUAUUGCUACAGCUUAGUUGCCAUAUGUUCUGUUAAGUCUUGUUUGCUUGAAACAAUACCUUACAGGUGAAACACUAGAAUAUUUGAAGUGCACAUGGCUUGUUGUGUUAAGUGAUUCACUUGCCUUUUAACCCAUUCACCAAGAUUGAGUAACACUGAACAUUUCAGGACAAUUUGCAUAUAUGAAACGCUGUAAUUCUUUUAGACAAUUCAAGUAAAUGAAAGGCCCAUGCUGCUAUGUAAUUACAGUACAUGCAUUUUAAAAGUAUAUAGUGUUUUUAAUACAAAUUUUGGCAGCAGAGCAUGUUACUUUCACUGCGCUGAUCUGUGUGAGGCUUUCAUUUGUAUGUUCUAAACCAGUUAUUUCACAGCUGGUUUGUGUGUGUGUGUAUAUAUAUAGUGAUCAUAGAAACUAAUUCUGUGUAAUUUAUAAUUUUCUAUUUCAGUGUAAAAUUCCAACAGCCUUCUCAAACAAAAAGAAGCAAUAUACUGUCUAUUGCUGUAUUGUCUGGUGAAAGGGUUAAAGUAGUUCACUCUUGCACUUUUAGAUGCAAUUCCAUAUUUGUUUCUGCAAUAGCUAUAUUCAUUUAUUUUUACAUCAUUUGUUUUCCUGACUAGAACUUAAAACCAAAAAGCUACUUUGAACAAUGGCCAGUGAUUUAUUUUACAUGUCCCAAGUAAUGUGCCUAAAUAUUACCUUGCAUACAAAAACUAAAAAACAAAGAUAAACCAGCACACACACACACACACACACACACACACACACACACACACACACACACACAUAUAUAUAUGUAAAAAAUAUACAUAUAUAUAAUAGCAUUGUCCUUAUUGGUUCCUCUCUUGCAUUUUCUGCAGCAAAUUUCAGUGGCACGCAUGAAUGCAAGUUGUUACAAACUGAUCAGUUGUGUGAAAAUGGAGGAAAAGCACACAAUAUCAUAGGCAGAAUUGGCAGCUGUCAUGGUUUAACCCCAGCACCAACUGAAACACCAUGCAGCUGCUUGUUCACCACCCUCCUCCGUCCCAUGGCAUAGGGAGGAGAGUCAAAAAAGAAGUAAAACUCAGUGUCUUGAGAUAAAGACCAUCUAAUAGAACAAAAAGGAAGAGAAUAUUAAUAGAAUAUACAAAACAAGUGAUGCACAGCACAACUGCUCAUUACCUGGUAGUGCCCAGCCAGUUCUGGAGUAGGGAUACCCCCCAGCCACCUCCCCCCAAUUUGUAUGCUGAGCAUGAUGUCAUAUGUUAUGAAAUAUCCCUUUUUCUUAGUUUGGGUCAGGUGUCCUGGCUAUGCUCCCUCCCAGCUUCUACUACACCUCCUCUCCCAGCAGAGCAUGGGAAGCUGAAAAGUCCUUGACUUAGUUGCUCAGCAACAACUAUCAGUGUGAUAUCAACUUUCUUGUCAUCAUUAAUCCAAAACAUAGUGCUAUGCCAGCAGUUAAGAAAAUUAACUCUAUUUGUGUGGAAACCAGAACAGCAAUUAAGACUGCCCUUUUAUUUUCACUUUAUAAUGUGGAGUCUAGUCAGUUUCUAAGUUGUUUCUUCUUCAGUUCAGAAUUACUUCCAAAUCAGCUUGACCAAAACGUGUAUUGGCUUUAAAGGUCACAGUUGUCCUUUUAUCAGUUUCUGAUCUGUUAUUGAACAAGCAAUUUUAGAACAAAACCACUGAUUUCAACACAUGACUUGCAGUCCAAGUAGAGAUACCAGCUACAGGAAGGCAGUAUCUUUGUUAUGUAGGUUUCAAGGAAUAAAACUUUUGUUCUUUCCAGUGAAGCUGCUUGUCUCUUGCUAACAAGUUGAGUUAGCUUGAAAGGUGAAAGAGAUACUGGCAUCAAAUUAGUUGAAACUAUUUCAGUCCUGUUGCCUGAAGUUCAGCAAAACCUUCUAGUGUGUCAUCCUUCCUUUUGUUAAUGAACUGUCAUACCAGUCCACUAUCUGGUUCAUGCCGAGCUCAAAAUCAAAGAGCGGGAGUGUUUUUGUCCCCUUCUGUUCUGGAUAGGUAGUAAGAGUUGAGUGGAGGUAUAAGAAGCGAUGGUGAGUGGAGGUCAUCCUUCAAGGUAGUGUGCGUUCUAGUUAAAAGGUGCAAGAGAGGUAAACUGGGUUGACUUAUGCUAAUUCCAGUGGUCCUAUUGCAUUUAUUAUUAGUUUUAACAGCUUAUGUGGGAGGUGAGUUAAGCCUAGGAUUUAACCUAGAUUUGAUGUAGUGUGAUCUUGUGAGUGUAGGGUGCAUUUUACCCAGUAACUAUUACUGUACAAGGAACCCUGAUCUUGAAGGGAAAGCUUUGGAUGAGCAUUUCUGGAGGGAUGUAUGGGUGUGUGUACACACACCCCCAUGCUCCUUUUCCUAUCUUUUAGCGACACAGUGCUGCUCACAUAGACUUAACAUACUUGAACAUACUUGGAGAGUUCUGAAUGGCUGUGUUGCCCAACCUGUUUAAUCAACUUUUACAUGCGCACAAUGGAAUUUGAGUCUUCUUUAUUAAAAGAUACCUAAAGCAUUUGUGAGAUGGGCUAAAUUCUAGUACCUUUAUACAGGUUGGACUUCCCUACACUGUUUUUAGCAGCAGUUGAGAUGAAAUAAGCUCGUAAUGUGUAUGUGUGUUGUCAUAUUUCAGUGCUCUUUGAAAUGGCUAGGGGCUCAGUCACUUAGAACUGAGGCAUAAUGAUGUCAGUUGAUAUUAAAAGGAAAUUAAUUUUCCCUUCAGGACUUCUCUGGUAAGGGAUUUUUGCUCAAGCAAGAGUGUGUUGCAGAAGUGGCUAGACCAGCAAUAAAUGCAAUAGCUCAUUGUCUCUUUGGACCUCUGUCUCCUAUCUGGCAGAGUAGAUGAAUCAUACCUUUUUAACCAGUUAAAUCAUUAUAUUUAAGUGUAAGCCUUGUAUUAGAUUUUACAGCAAGACUAUUCCAUAUAUGUAAAAGUGUAAACUGUCAUUGUGACUAUUAUUAUUAAUAAUUAAGCAAGCAUUCCCCCGUUCUCUGAGUUGACAGGUAGUCACUGAGAAGACAACAGGAUAGUUGAAAGAAACUGUAUCAUUAUGAGUACAACCCAGUGUGACUAUGCUCUUGAGUGAAACCUACCUUCUGGCUUCUGUUAAGCCUUGUAUCUACCUCUUGAAAACAGUGAGUUCUGUAUUGUCAUCUGCAUAAUCCUGUGGAAACUCACCUGGAACAUUCUUUGUGUGAAAUCCACUGAAGGGUUACAAAAUACUUAGGAGGAAGAUUAAUCAGGUUGUUAGUAUCAUUCAUUGUAUACUUAUCUUCCUAUUUAAAUGAUCUUCAGUUUCCUUUGAGAUUUUUGUUUUCUAACAUACAUACUAUACGUUUAGAUCAGGAAGUAUUGUAUAUAACUGGCUCUAUUAAUAUACUUAAGCAAUCACUUCUGGCUGUCUCAGAAUAAAUAGUGCUUUCUACAGUGUAGUAUAAAUGCUUCAAGUUUCCUUAUAGAAGUGUCUGUUGUUUCUGAAAUGAAGAUGGAAAAUUGAAGUUAAUUCAGCAGCAACAAGCCUUUUUUUAGUGAAGUUUUUAACAUCUGUCUUUUAAUUUUGUAUCUUUCUAACAGGUAAGGAUUUGGUGUCCUUCUGUUAGGUUAUUGCUUGAAUAUGUAAGGUUACAGCAUACAGAAAGACUAAGGAAAUAAAAUUAAAAUUAAAAAUACUCUUAACAUAAAAAUAGAAGCAUUUUCCUGCCUGCUUUAGCUUAGAACAGUUCAUGAAAUCUUUUGGAUGUUCCCAGACCUGGUUUGGCUUGGAGUUCAAAUUGUGAUUUACUCUGUGCUUAGUGUUUCAAAUGAAAGAUACAGAAUGUUGACUGUCUUCUCUGGGUUUUUGUAUCAGACAAUGGCACAAGGUUGCCAAAAUAAGCCUACUGACUGCUUAAACUCAAGUGACCUUGUUUCUGGUUUUGGAGUUCUACAGAGUACUUUUCCUGUUAUAUCCUUAUAGAAACACUUGUUAAUGCUCUGUUUGUUAAAAAGGGUUAUUAUUCUGUAGUUACAGCUAAACCGUCGUCUGAAGUGUGCUUUCAGAUGAAAUGGGUUCUGCUUUGGAGUGAGCCAUAGUGGACUAUGAGUAUUGAUCAGCUAGCAUUCAAAUGAGAAAAGGCAGUAACAUAGGAAUUGUUAGAUGUUCAUGGGACUGGGCGAUCCUAUUCUUUCUCUGUAGUUCGUUCAGAAUUAAGUAGCUUGAAAAGGUGGAAGAAGCAUGCAGCUGCUUUGUUUUGUUUUUUAAAUGCUGGUACUGUGCAUGUCUACUUCAAAAUAUUUUAAAGACAAGUCUCUGAACUUGGGGAAGUGGUGGGUGACUUCCACAUCAAUGGAUAGAAUAUAUUCUCUUCUUAACACAGCCAGCUAUAGUGUGCAUCGUGCAUAUCCUAAAUGCACUGAACUGUAGAAUACUAGGAAGAAGAAAGAGGUACUUGUGCAGCUCAUUUUGAAUAAUUUUGGUAAAUAUAAAAUGUCUGAGCUCCCAUCUCUACACAUAUCAGUGGUCACCAAACAGCCUGACUGUAAUUUGAAGGGAGGAGGAACCAGUGCCUCUGCUUUCUGAGGCCAACUUCAACUUCUGUCAAAGAAGAUUUCUCUGCUUCUCUCAUGGUCCAACUACUGAUGUUGAAAAAAACAGGUCAGAAUGACUGAUGGAAGAAGGUGUUUACUGAGCAUAUCUUGGUGUGAAGAGAAGUUGAAUGGCAGAUGCUAGCUGCUAAUCUAUUUAGCCUUAAGCACUAACUAAAUUAGAUAGCAGAAAACAAUGACUAAUUAAACUUACAGUAAGUUAACUCAUUAAUAUACUAAAAUACCCUCCCUUGUGGUGGAAGGGCCCCCUACUUAAAAAAGCUACCUACCCUCUGACCAUGCAUAGUGAAAAGUAGAAGCACUACCAUUUUAAGUGGAAGCGAAGAACUAGUUAACUAACCGGGUAGAUGAAUUAUAUCCAUCAGCCUUUUUUAAGAGGCUGUGUGAAGCAGCUAGAAAGUGAAUGGAUUUUAAUCCAGAUGACAGAGCAAAUCAGAAUGUUUAAUGUGUAGUUUUUUGGACAGUUGGCUCAGGACAUAAGAAGAAAGUUACAGGAAGUUGAUGGGGCUGAGGGAGUGUCCGUUUUGCAGUUGACAGAUGGAAGAGAGAAUGAGAAAUGAGAUAGGCUGGCAGCAUCAAUAAAGGGGAAUGAUAUCCUAGGAGACAGAGGCAGGAGAAUUGGUAAAGGACAAGAUGGGGUGAUACAUUAUUUCCUUCAUGCUUAUGAAGCAACAUUAAUUGGAGUAUAGUCGUAUAUUAUAAAGACACACACCUCCACCCUCCUCAGGACACUUUUUUCUUCAUCUAAUGAAUAGUGUGGCUACCACUCAUAAAGGCCUGCAAAAAUCAAAGCCCUUUGGGGCAAGAUCAGUGUGGUGUCAAAACCUUCCCGUAUGGAGUUUUUAACAUACAGAACAUACAGACCAAAAAAUAAAUGCUAGAAAUUAUAAUGGGCUAGUUGCCCAAGAAGCUUGGCUGUACCUCAUUAAUAAACUAAUGCCCUUAGGUAACUUGACGAAUCAUAAAUUAAAACCACACCUCCAGAACUUAAGAUACCUGCCUCCCCUUCAAGACUCUGACCUAUUGAGCUUGUGCAGUAAAAAUCGUAAUAUGAAGACAAGGAAACCCUACACCAGUCAGCUUUGAGUUAAGGGAUUCUUCGCACUAGUAAAAACCUGGGGAACAAUGGAUGUGCUAAAUAUGUUCAUUUACAAUGUAUAAAUGUAUGCCUGUUCCAAUGUUGUGUGUGCUAGCUUUGUGGGCAUACACCCUAGGACCCCUUUCUGCCCAGAAUUGCUAAUAAAUUGCUGAUAUAUCAACUCAUUGUGUUAGCGGCUUGCACACCAGCUAGACAUCCUGUUUUGGGACAAUAUUUUGGUGACCCAGAUGGGAGAGCCAUAGGCCCCGCCCAGUUUAUCUGAUCUGUUCUGGCAGUAGGAAUGGCAUGAGUGGACUCUAGCAAGCAGUGACCUUUUGAUUGAGGACUCUGGAUGAUCCCUUCUGUACGCUGGAGCAGCCAGCAAUUCAGCAGUGUCAAGUAGAGGUAUCAGAAGGAUAUGGAGGGGGGUUUACUCUGGGAUGUGAGUGUCUCUUCUUCUAGAAGCCCUGCAAGCAUUUUACUUGAUGUUAUAUUUGGUGUUUGUACACAUAGAUGUGCAGUGGAUAAAAGGUCCUUAUGCUCUUGCCGAUUAUAAAUUGGAACUGAGUGUAAGAAACUUUUGAUUACUUGAUUUUGUGUUUGACUUGUUUGGUAUUUGGUGUUGCCUACACAUAGGCAUGUGGCAAAGGAAAGUUCCUUUCACCUUUUCUGACAAAAGAUCAAAGCCAAGUGCACAGAACCUUUUUGUAAAAUGGGAGUGGCUCCUUAACCCCAAGUAUCCCUUGUACCCCCUUGGGAUGUAUUUUGAAAAACUGGAAUAAGUUUCGAGGAGACCUUGUGACUAAAGAUAAAUGAAAAAUACUGCAGUCAAUGGUGGCCACAGUAUAGAUGGGGGAAAAAAUGGCCAGAGAAAGGUUAAUUGAAAUAAAAUACCUUUUAACAGUUAAUGUUUUGUUGUAGGGUAAAUGGUACAAAGUACCAUAUGUUGAUGCUUUUAUGACAUUGGAAAUUAUUAUGAAACCAGAACAGAAUAAAAAUGUGCACUCAAGUGUAGAUGGUAUUUAUACAGUAAAUAUAAUAAUUGGGUCAGAUAGGAAAAAUCAGGAGAACAAAAUAGGAGUGAGAGGAGGCACAUCUAGAGGGGGACGGAAUCCAAGGGUAGUUGCUAGUAAUAAGCCAACUUUGGGUCCCAACCAGUAUGCUGAUUGUAAACAAGGAAACUGAAAUGUUGCUUGUCUCGAAUUAAAGAAAAAAAUAACUGAGUGAGGAUGUAAAACUUAAAAUGUUAGAAGACUUGGAAUGAAGAGGACUGGGGGAAAUAUUCCUGUUUCCCCAGAUAAUCCCCCUCGUUCUAAACAAGCUGGGGAAUCAAACUACAAAUUUUUAGUAGCUGUAUUAAAUAGUCAUAAAGGAUCAUUAAAUAAACAAACUGUCCCUAUUGUUGGGGCAACUAGAAAGCAAACUGUAAGGCUGUUUUUAAAAUCAACAGUAUAAUUUGAAGCAACUAAUUUAGGGGUUCCUAUGUAUGCCAUGUUUUACAGUUUUGGAUUUGAAGGGUGCCUUUUUCUGCAUUCCACUAGAUUAACAAAUUCAAAUGUUGUUUACUUUCAAGUAGGAGAGUCUGACAACAAGAAGAUGCAACUGUUGGGUGGUACUUAAAUGAGGUUUUAAGAAUAGCCCUGCCUUCUUUGAUACUGUAUUGAUGGAAUGAUCCAUGCUCAUGGAACAAUCCAGAAAGAAAAGAGGACUUGAAUUCACAAGAAACUCUUAUUAAAUGUUCUUGAGAAAAUUUAAAAUUUUAGAAGUUAUCCUUUAAGAAGUAGUGGUGCUACACUGUAAAGCUCAUCAAAAAGGUCACAGUGGAGUUGUCCAACGAAAUCCAUUGUUCUCAUGUUUCAGUAUUCUUUUUUAGGGUAUGAUGAAUCCAGAAUCUAUUUCCUCUGCUUUCAAGGCUGUGAAUGCAGUCAAAGGACAUAGUAUGCUCCUUUCGUCUUUUCUUUAAAAGGCGCAUCUUUCAAUGUCUGAAACAAAUAUGAUGUCUGUAAACAGGAGUGACACUGGAAAAAUGAAUGCCUGAACAACAGUAAGCCAGAGGAACAAGAUUAGUGGGAAAUCUUAACCUUAUUAUGUAUCAGUACAAGUUUAAAGUACACUUUUCAUACAAAAAAAAAAAAGUAUCGAAGUACACUUGAUUGAAGUGGAUAGUGUUGAUUCAAUAAUCACAAACACAAACUUUUGCCUCAAUUUCUGGGAAGCUAUAAAAAUGUCAGCAAAGUGGGUCAAAUAUAUCAGGUAGUGUCCCAAAAUGGGGUCAGUUUACCGAGCGUACAAUAAUCCAAUCCACACACAAAGUUGAGGUGUUUCUUUAUUCCAGUUCUGUGCAGGAAGGGAUGCUAGGUGGUAAAUCAACAAAGCUAGCACACCUUACCCAUAACACAAGGUUUCUUUUAUACACAAAAUAUGCAAAAUAGCCAUAUCACUAAGGAUACUGAUAAUUCAUCUAUAUGAUUGGUUAACUAGUUAUUUGCUUCCACUUAAAGCAGUAGCACUUCUAGUUUUCACUAAGCAUGGUCAGAGGGUAGGUGGCUUUUGUGAGAAGGGAAUCCUUUCAGCUAUAGGGAGGGUAUUUUAGUAUGUCGAUGAGUUCACAAUAAUUGUAAUUUGUCAUUUUCUGCUUAGUUCUUAAGAUUAGAAGUAUUAGCAGUUAGCAUCUUCAUUCAACUCUUCACACUAAAGAUACGCUCAAUAAACGCCACCUUCCAUGUUGACCUGCCUGUUUCAACAUCAUUUUGCCCCUUUUGAGACUUAAAACUUUUGCUUUGAGUUUCAUAUUUAUAUUUCUUCUUUAAUACUCAGUGUCUCUCAUUAUUAUGUCUCUGCUCUUACAAUGUGACUUAGAUGGUUUCUUCGUCAUUAAAUUUUUUUACAAUUGCCGUUCACAGUUUUGGACCAUUUUGGUGUCACACCCUAUACCAUAUUGAACAAUAACAUGAAUGUGCACAAAUAUUGCAAGCCCUGUAGCUAUUAAGCUAGUAAUUUUCCUAAAUUCCUAAAGCCAUGAGGUGAGCCAGUUCUAUACCUCAGCAAACGCAAGAGAGCUAUCAUCAUUUUGUAUUUCAUGUAAAAUUAUAGAAUCACAAUUAUUUGGAUUGGAAGUAACCUUAAAGAUCAUCUAGUUCCAACCCCCCCUGCAUUGACAGGGACACCUUCCACUAGAACAGGUUGCUCAAAGUCCUAUCCAACCUGUGCUUGGAACAAUUCCAGGGAGGGGGAAUCCACUACUUCCCUGGGCAACUUGUUCCAGUGUCUCUUUUCUUCCUAAUGUCUAACCUACAUCUACCCUCUUCCAGUGCCAGGUCCUCUUCCAGUUUAAAGACAUUACCCCAUAAAACAUCCCUCCAUGGCUUUCCUGCAGGCCCCUUUCAGGUUGUUCUUCCGGCUGAACAACCCCAACUCUCUCAGCCUGUCUUCAUAGGAGAGGUGCUCCAGCCCUCUAAUCAUCUUUGUGGCCCUUCUCUGGACUUGAUCCAACAGCUCCAUGUCCAUCUUAUGUUGAGGGGUCCAGAACUGGACACAAUAAAUACUCCAGGUAGGGUGUCAUGAGAGCAGAGUAGAGGGGGAGAAUCGCAUCCCUUGACCUGCUGGCCACAUGUCUUUUGAUACAGCCCAGGAUAUGGUUUACUUUGUGGGCUAUAAGUGGAUAUUGCUUGAUCAUGUUGAGCUUUUCAUUGACCAGACACCUCCAAGCACUUCUCCUCAGGACUGCUCUCAAUCCAUUCAACCUGUAUUUGUCCUUGGGUUUGCCCUGAACAAUAUAGAGGACCUUGCACUUGUCCCUGUUGAACUUCAUGAAGUUGACAUGAGCCCACCUCUUAAGCCUGUCAAGGUCCCUUUGCAUUUACCAUCUUUGGAAGAAGAGGCAGACAACUCAAGAUGAAUACAGGGAUCUUGUGAAGUCAUACAGAGAGAAAAUUAGGCAAAAGCUCAGCUAGAGCUCAGUCUGCCCUCUGUCAUAAGGGACAAUGAAGUUUUUACAAUAAAAAGAGAACUAGAGAGAAUCUCCAUCCUUUAUUGGAUGUGGUGGAGAACAUUGCAAUUAAGGACAAGGAAAAAGCUGAAAUACUUAAUGCCUUCUUUGCCUCAGUCCUUGAAAGUCGGAUUGGUUACCCUCAGAGUAUUCACUCUCCUGAGCUGGAAGAUAAUGACAGAGAGCAGAAACCCCCCCCAUAAUCUAAGAGGAAGCAGUUAGGGAUAUGCUGCGGCACCUAGAUGCUCACAAGUCUAUGGGGCCGCAUUGAUACACCUAAGACUACUGAGGGAGCUGGUGGAGGAGCUCACUAAGCCUCUCUCCAUCAUUUAUCAACAGUCCUUGCCAGCAUGACACCCAUCUACAGGAAGGGCCUGAAGGAGGAUCCAGGGAACUACAGAUGUGUCAGCCUGACCUCGAUGCUGGGAAAGAUAAUCAAGAGGUUCAUCUUGAGUGCUCUCACAUGGCAAGUUGUCACAAUUUGACUCAGGAUUGGCAAUUAAACCAGAGACAACAGUGUUCUUGAUCCCCUCCUCCUCCCACCCAGGUAGGGAAGGAGAGAGAGAAUGAGAGAAAGACUCUGGAUUGAAAACUAAACUAGACAGCUUUAAUUAAACACCAAUGAUGAAAGAAAAUAUGUACAAUUAUAUACAAAUAUGUUCAGGAACAUGUAAAAGCCUCUUGCCUCCCACAGCACUCUCUUAGCUGUGAACAGUCCCGAAAAGUCCCAGAGCGCUGCCAGAGAGUUACGAGGGUCAGGAGCUCUCAAGCCUAGGGGUCGAUGGUGAUGGAUAGAUGGAUGGAGUCCUCCCUGGACUCCUUGUCAGGCAUGGACAGAAGAGAAGGGAAGAAGCAGCAGGAAGGAAGUUGUCUUCUGUGAUCUCUGACUUUCUUCUGAGCUUGCAUAGAUAUAUGGAAUGGAAUAUCUCUGGCCAGUUUUGCUGUCUGUCUUAUUCAGCCUCAUCUCCUCGUAGUGCCUGAGCCAGCACAGCAAAGAUGUGACCUUGAAGUCCCGGCAAUGGCAUAAACAUUCCAGUGUUAUGAGUCCUAGCUGGUGAACUUGCUGCUAGUUAAAGGAGAGCUAACUGAAGGAAAAAAAAAAAAAUCAGUAAAAGGAAAAGUGGCUUCAUCCUGGCUCAAACCAGGAUACAAGUGCCGGACAGUCAGGAGAUCAGGCCCAGCCAGCAUGGGUUCAGGAAAGGCAGGUCCUGUUUGACCAACCUCAUUUCCUUCUAUGACCAGGUGACCCUCCUGGUGGAUGAGUGAAAGGCUAUGGAUGUUGUCUAUCUAGACUGUAGUGAAGUCUUUGAUACUGUCUCCCACAGCAUUCUCCUAGAGAAGCUGGUGGCACAUCUCAUAGGCAGGUGCACCCUUUGCUGGGAUAGAAACUGGCUCGAUAGUCAAGUUGUAGUAAACUGAGUUAAAUCCAGUUGGCAGCUGGUCACCAGUGGUGUUCCCCAGGGCUCAGUUUUGGGGCCAGUCUUGGUCAGUAUCUUUCAUCAGUUACCUAGAUGGAGGGUUUGAGCACUUCCUCAGUAAGUUUGCAGGUGGCACCAAAUUGGGCAAAUUUGGGAGUGUUGAUCUGCUCAAGGGUAGCAAGGCUCUGUAGGGGGGCCUGGACAGGUUGAAUUGAUGGACUGAGGUCCAUUGUACGAGGUUGAGUAAGGCUAAGUGCCAGGUCCUUUCCUUGGGUCACAGCGACUCCAUGCAAUGCUACAGGCUUGGGGAAGCAUGGCUGGAAAGCUGCCUGGUGGAAAAGGACCUGGGGGUGCUGGUUGACAGCUGGCUUAGCAUGAGCCAGCAGUGUGCCCUGGUGGCCAAGAAGGCCAACGGCAUUCUGGCCUGCAUCAGAAAUAGUGUGACUAGCAGAAGUAGGGAAGUAAUCAUAUCCCUGUACUCGGCACUGGUGAGAUCACGCUUUGAGUACUGUGUUCAGUUCUGGGCCCUUGUGGAGUAAUUGCUGGAGGUGACUUAGAAAACCUGUAUUCACACUUCAAGGACAGCACUGAUGAAACUUUCAGGGUAGAAUGCAGCUAAGAUGCAAAGAGCUUGUACUGUGGUUGUUUCCCAAGCAACCCCAGUUGAUGACAACACUAAGGGAGCUUGGUGUGCUAACUCUUAAGAUAAUGACAUGGAGAGUGAAACGGGGUGGAAACACUGAGGCCACUAUUUCUCAUACAGGCCAGGAUGCUCUUUGCCUUCUUGGCCACCUGGGCACACUGCUGGAUUGUGUUCGUCCAGCUGUCAACCAGAAUGAGUUUGUCACAGUUCAACUAAGGAUCAGCAAUUAAACAAAUGACAAUAAUGCUCUCUAUCCCUUCCACCUCCCACACAGAUAGGGAAAGGAGGGAAAGAAUAAGGAGACUUCCAGAUUCAAAAGGAAACUAGACAGCUUUCAUGAAAUACUAAUGAUGAAAAUAUGUACAAUUAUAUACUAAUACAUACAGGAAUUUGCAAAACCCCUAUGACCUCUUCCCACCCUCAGCAGCUCCCAGUGUACUCCUCUGAGCUGGGGAUGAAAAGUCCCAAACUGCUUGCAGUGAUAGUGGCAAGACAGGAGCACAUGGGCCUAGGGAGAUGGAUAGACAGAGUCCUCCCCAUAUGCUGGCCGUUGAUGGAAGAGAGAAGGAAAGGAGAGACUUGACUUCAGUGAUCCUGGAAAUUAUACAACGUGUGACAUAUAUGGGGAUGGAAUAAUCUAUUUGGUCAAUUUUGCAAUCUGUCUAGUCCACUUCUCCCUACAGGAGGGUUGCAGAUACGACUCUUCUGCUCCUUUAGUGUCCAAAGCAGCAGAUCUGUCAAGAGGAGCAAAGUAGCCUUGGUUAUCUCAGCAGUAACUAUAAACAUUACCAGUUCACUAACUGAAAAACUUCUGUUAAUUUCAGCAAGUGUGAUGCUUAGAAAAGAGUUCACUGAAGAAGAAAAAAAAAAUCAGGAAAAAGAAAAUUGGCUUCAUCUUAGCUCAAACCAGGACAGAGUUGCUCCACUAUCAAUUAAGAAAUCUGUAGUUUUAUUCCACAGCUUAACUGGAAUGAUGGGAUCAGCUGGGGAAGCUUUGAUAAUGUACCCCAAUCCCUCUCAGUCUGCCCACCAAAGAAAGUAACAAAAGCAAAAUUAUCCAAUUCCCUCUCGGGAUUCAAAUCCAUCCACUGUGUUUACCUUGCAUAGCCUUUCUUAAAAUCACAGAAUCACAGAAUCUUAGGAGUUGGAAGGGACCUCAGAAUAUCAUCUAGUCCAACCCCCCUGCCAGAGCAGGAUCACCUAGAGUACAUCACACAGGAACGCAUCCAGGUGGGUUUUGAAUGUCUCCAGUGAAGGAGACUCUACAACCUCUCUGGGCAGCCUGUUCCAGUGCUCUGUCACUCUAACAGUGAAGAAGUUUUUUCUGAUGUUUACGUGGAACCUCCUGUGUUCCAGUUUGCACCUAUUGCCCCUUGUCCUAUCACUGGACAUCACUGUAAAAAGUCUGGCUCUGUCCUCCUGACCUUCACCUUUAACAUAUUUGUAAACAUUGAUGAGGUCUCCCCUCAUUUUCCUCUUCUUCAAGCUGAAGAGACCUAGCUCCCUCAGCCUUUCCUCAUAAGGGAGAUGUUCCACUCCCUUAAUCAUCUCUGUGGCUCUGCGCUGGACUCUUUCAAGCAGUUUCCUGUCCUUCUUGAACUGAGGGGCCCAGAAUUGAACACAAUAUUCCAGAUGCGGCCUCACCAAGGCAGAAUAGAGGGGGAGGAGAACCUCCCUUGACCUACUAACCACACCCUUUCUAAUACACCCCAUGAUGCCAUUGGCCUUAUUGGCCACAAGGGCACAUUGCUGGCUCAUGGUCAUCCUCCUGUCCUGACCCCCAGGUCCCUUUCUCCUACACUGCUCUCCAGCAGCUCAGCCCCCAACCUGUACUGGUACAUGGGGUUGUUCUUUCACAGAUGCAAGACUCUACACUUGCCCUUGUUGAAUUUCAUCAAGUAUCUCCCUGCCCAGCUCUCCAGCCUGCCUAGGUCUCACUGAAUGGCAGCACAGCCUUCUGGUGUGUCAGCCACUCCUCCCAGUUUAGUGUCAUCAGCAAACUUGCUGAGGGUACACUCUGUUCCCUCAUCCAGGUCAUUGAUGAAAAUAUUGAAUAGUACCGGUCCCAGUACCGACCCCUGAGGGACUCCACUAGUCACAGACCUCCAACUAGAUUUUGUCCCAUUGACCACCACUCUCGGACUUCUUCCUUUCAACCAGUUCGUGAUCCACCUCACUACCUGACCAUCAAGAGCACACUUCCUCAGUUUAUCUAUGAGGAUGCUGUGGGAGACUGUGUCAAAUGCUUUACUGAAAUCAAGAUAAACCACAUCUACCACCACCCUACCAUCAUCUAUCCACCUAGUUACUUCCUCAUAGAAGGCUAUAAGGUUGGUCAAACAUGACUUUCCCUUGGUAAAACCAUGUUGAAUGCUCUUAAUGACCGCCUCAUCCUUGAUAUGCCUAGAGAUAGUGUCAAGAACAAGUUGUUCCAUCACUUUUCCAGGGAUGGAGGUGAGGCUGACCAGUCUAUAGUUACCCCGGUCCUCCUUCUUGCCCUUCUUGUAGACUGGGGUGACAUUUGCUAUCCUCCAGUCCUCAGGCACCUCUCCUGUUGCCCACAACUUCCCAAAGAUGAUGGAGAGUGGCCUAGCAAUGACCUCCACCAGCACUCUCAGCACCCACAGGUGUAUUCCAUCUGGACCGAUUGAUUUAUGAAUGUCCAGAUGGCUUAACUGAUCCCUAACCCAAUCCUCAUCUGCCAAAGCAAACUGCUGCUUCAUCCUGACAUCUUCUGGGGCUCCUGCAGAGAGUCUGCAGCAGAAAAGACAGAGGCAAAGAAGGCAUUCAGUACCUCUGCCUUCUUUAUAUCCUCUGUCACCAGGGCACCCACCUUAUGCAGCAGUGGGCCUAUAUUGCCUCUAGUGUUAGUUGUAUCUGCAAUGUCUUUGAAGAAGCCCUUUCUAUUGUCUUUGACCUCACUAGCAAGGUUUAGUUCCAGGGACGCCUUAGCUUUCCUUAUUGCCUCCCUACAUCCCCUGACAACAAGUCCUGUAUUUCUCCCAAGUGGCCAGCCCCUCCUUCCAUGAUCCACAGAUUUUCUUUUUCCACAUGAGUUUGGCCAGCAGUUCCUUGUUUAACAAUGUGGGUCUCCUGGCUCCCUUACUUGAUUUCCUACCCAUAGGGAUGGUCUGAUCAGGAGCUUGCAAGAAGCGGUCCUUGAAUAUUGACCAACUAUCUUGAGCCACUUUACCAUCUAGUACCCCAUCCCAUGGGACUUCUCUUAAUAAUUGAUUGAAGAGGCCAAAGUUGGCCCUGCGGAAGUCCAGGGUUGUGGUCCUGCUAGAUAUUCUGUUCCUCCCACACAGGAUCCUGCACUCCACUAUGUCGUGAUCACUGCAGCCAAGGCUGCCAUUGACCAUCACCACUUCAACCAGACCCUCCUUGUUGGUGAGUACAAGAUCCAGCAGCACUCCUCUCCUAGUUGGUUUGUCCACCUUAAAGAAGCAAAUUUCAAAACUCUGUCAGGAAACUCAGAUGAAAUAGGUAGAUGUUUUGCCCUUAGCUCUGUUAAGGGUCCGAAUAACUUCAAGGUCUUGGGAGGGAAUGAGUCCCUGUGAAAUCCUAUAUGAAAAACCUUAGCCUGUAAACAGUUUGACUGAGAAAGAUGUCCAGAUGCAAUUGAAUGGGGAUCGAAUUCUUACUGAGUAUAUCUUGUCCUUGGGGUCUACUUUAUGGUCUCUCCACAGGUAUCUUAAUGAGAUGACACUUACACUGCUUGAUAGCCUAGUGCAUACUUUCAAACCAGGAGACUGAGUUUAUAUUAGGACUUGGAAGGACAAACAUUGGAAAGGACCAUACCUGGUUUUGUUAAUCACCCCAAAUCCUGUUAAAGUAGAGGGUUUGAGUCCUUGGAUUCACUAUGCAAAAGAAACACCAAAACCUGAUAAGGACCAAUGGACUUCGACACCUACAGGGGAUUUAAAACUGAAAAUCUUCAUAUAUGAUCCUUGCUGAUGAAUGAUACCUGUGCAUGCAUGAAUUGGGAUUGCACUUGAGGGUUCUUGAUACUAUUUUUAUUAUUAACAUAUUGUAAGGUUUGAAUACUUUUUAUAUGCCUCGUGCUUUGUAGAAAUUUUAAUUCAUUUGGAGACCAUAGUUAUUCUGGUAAAGAAGGAAAUUUUGGUGUUGCUUGGUCUGAUAAAAAUAGUGAGUAAUGUGAAGUUUGGUAACAUGUCAGUGCAGGCUACAGAUUGGGAGCAAACCAUGCAUAUCAGUCUGAUAGAAGAGGUAGUUGAAGCCACCAAUAAAACCAGUUGCUGGGUUUGUACCCGUUUUCCUGAGCAUUGAAAGAAAGGGAGUACCUUGGACUGGCAUUCCUAUCCCUUCUGGAUCAACUGAUUCCUCCUGGAUUAACUUAUAGGCUAAUGCAACAUUUCAUGUAGGAACUCAAGAGUUGGAAAUAAGCACCCUGGCAAUAAGUGAAAAAUAUUGUACAUGCAUACAAAGGUGCAGUCCCCUGAAAGGCUUUGAUAAAUUUGAUUGCCAAGAGAAUACAACUAUUGUGGCAAAUUAUUCAGGAUGUGCCCGAAUGGUAUCAGCUGGAUUUCCAAUUGUGGGGAGAAAAUACAAUGGCUGGCCAGUUCUAUAAGUUAAAGGUUGGCAUUAGAUAUAUGGAACUAAAGCCAGAAAAGUACUACUACUAAAUUGGUCAGGAAUUUGCACACUAGGAGCUGUACUCCCUAAUGUGACUUUUAUCAAUAAAUUGAAAGGCAAGGAACAAAUAUGGCUUAAGACUCCCUUGUGAAAAUGAGAAAAAGGGAUAUCCAUUAGUUAAAAGAAACACUGCAUUUUCACACUUUUGUAAGAUGGUUCCUCCCUUGUCUUGGAGUAAGUGAAUUAGAGGAAGCAAUAGUAAACAUUUCUACAAUCGCUGAGUUAAUUGGAAACAAAACUACUGAUGCAAUUGUGGUCCUUCAGGAGGAAGUUUAAUAAGUGGCAAAAAUAGCCUUAGAUACACCCCUAGCCUCACAGGGAGGAAUAUGUAGGGUUAUUAAUACAAGCUGCUAUACAUGCGUGGAGCCGAGUGGAAAGGGUAUCUACAUGUAAAUGAAAUCUGGCACCAGGAUGUGAUAGUUCUCUUGAGAUUGCUGAAGUAUGGAAGUACCUCCCAUUGUGGUCUCCAGAUUAAGGAAGCUGGUUCAGGAAAAUAAUGAGUAAAGUAGUUAUGAUGUUUGUGUAUCUGUGUUCUAGUUCAAUGUGGUACGUAGUGUUGUACCAGAAUGCUCUAUUGGAAACACCCUACAAUUUUUUUUUAUUUAUUUUUUUUUUCUCUAAAUCAGGUUACAGGAAUAGAGAUUAAAUUAUAAAAUUUAUAUGGAUGUUAAAAAAAACAAAUAUCCAAAUGACUAAGCGAGGGGUCAUUAUAUAGUGCUAAUGUAGUGGCAUGGAAGAGUGAGACUUAAAAGCUUCUGAAAAAUGAGCUCUGUAAGUCUCAAAGGGGAGAACUGGUAAAUCUUACUCAGAAUGACUGUGCUAAAAAGUGACAACUGCUGGCCUGCUGAGGACUGAGAGGCAGGCUCCACUGCAGGGUGCAGUCUUAUAUGCAUUGUUAACAGGACAGAUAACAUGAUGUCUAUCAUGGUAAAACACCACUACUCAAUUUUAGCCCCAGCCCACUCACAUAUGGGAAGAGACCAAUCAAGGACAAUAAAUAAGUGUGAUAAGCAUUGUAACUGGAUCUCAGCUUCCACUGUAUAAAUAUUCUGUCAGUAAGGUGUGCUAGUUUUUUUGGCAUUAGCCUGCUAGUACCUAACCUUGCACAAUGUUGUAAUAAACCUGACAUCUGUAUCUGUGUGUGGAUUGGACUUUGUACGCUAGGUAAAGAACCAGCUUUUGGGGCAACAACACUACAGUCUCUGUGAGUACAAAACAGAAUUAUACUGUUGGGAACUGGCUGUUUAUAAGUACAGCAUUCAACAUCACCAUAUAUGAAAGGAACAGGCUGCCCAGGGAGGUGAUUGAGUGAUGGUGAUCCCUGGAGGUAUUUAAAAGAUGUAUAGCUGUGGUGCUUAGGAAUAUGUGUUAGCGGUGGAUUUGCAGUGUUAGGUUAACAGUUGUAUUUUAUUAUUUUAAAGGGCUUUUCCAAUCAAAAUGAAUCUAUGAUUCUGUAUUUGAGAAGGCAGCAUUCCUGAGCUGCAGUAAGUAGAUCCAGAAUCCUCGUCUAGAGGAACAUGUUUCUACAUUGGUUAUCCAGAAAGUCUAGGGAAAUAUCUUGCUCAUGUAGGCGUAUAGUUACACUACUGAAACUGAGUUAUACAGAUACUCCAGUAUCAAAGUUGGUUUGGGUUUUCUUUCCCUAAAACACUCCUUACUCCCAUUCCACCAGUCUUUGGAUAACAGACUGACAGAGCAACUAUGUGGGGGAAGGCAAAAGAAAGACCAGCAUCCUAUUUAUACUUGAAAAUGUCUUCCUUAGUAAUAAGAUAAACAGUAAAUACAAAUGAAGUUUAAAUUGUGUUCUUUGACAUUGGACAGCAGUUACAUAGGUAGCAGUCUAUUGUAUUUUUUUCUCAGGCAGGUCAAUUUGCCCCUUUCUGCUCUACUUAUCUGCUAGACCAGUAAAUGAUAACUUUACAGGAUGUAAAACCCAAAGUGAGGGCAAGAACCAUAAAGCUUUUAAAUCACAAAAAGACAAAAUUUCAAACUGAGAAGGGUAACAUGAAAAAACAGUGACUAAAAAAUUGCUAAUGAAAUAAGUAACUAUCCUGACUUCAGGUAGCACCAUACAAAUAAGGUGGCUCAGGUGCAUAUCAGUUCUGAUCAGUAAUUAAAAAAAACUGAUUAUGAAAGUAUAUUCUCUUUCUAUUACUAGGAUAAGCUUUCCAGGGUACAACCCCAUUUGUAACACUGCAUUUCAUAGACUUGUGAGGUACAACUUUCAUUUAGCUGUCCAAGUUUGCCAAAAAGAUCACAUUUAUCUAUCAUUUUCUAAUUUUACUCUGUAUUAUAUUCUAUGCUUGCUUGGUCUCCUUAAAAACACCUAAAAACAGGCCCUAUGUUUUUCAAUUCCCACUCCUCUAGUACAAAGUAGUAUUUCUGCCCUUGAUAGGCUGCACUGAUUUUAGAGGACUUCUACCUUGCAUGAACCUCUUAGAGGCAAAUUCAACAAUGUAAAUAUCACUGUACUAACCACUCCAGAGCCUCCGCCCAAAAUCCACAAGAGUGAGCAUGAGAAACUCAGACUUUUUCCUUUCAUUGCUGUCCGUCCUUUGGUUGCAAUCUAAGUAGUUGCACCUCAUAAUAAGUCCAUGAGGCCUCAAUAUUGGGGUGUUUUUUUGUGGUUGCAUCAUAUUUUAUCAUGUCCACUCUCACAAUGUCUUCUCAGAAACAUUUUCUGUGAAUCUUAUGAUAGGAAAUGACUCACCUGUUGGCUGCACUGACCAUGCAGUGGUAGCAGACAUCUGUAACUAAGGUGAAAGAGCAUCUUUUCUUGGGACUUGAAGUCUUCUAUUAUAAAAUAUUAUUGCAAAACUUCUAUGCCCACUCAUCCACAAGACUAGGAGUCCUAAAAGUACACUGUAGGCAGGGUUUUUAAGUAUCUGACUUCACCAUGUUGGAUAGAAUGAAUGAACUGUUUUUAGUGGUGAUGAUGAGCUGUAAAAACGCAUGCAUAGUAACCCUGGGUGUACACAGGCAAAAGUUUGGGGCUUUUUUAGGGGUUUCACAGAAGUGGAUUACUGAUUUUAUGUGCCCAAGGAAACAGGAUGACUGUUUGCUGUAAGCACAAGUACUGCUGCUAUUACAAAGUAGUUGGGUACUCCUCUGAGUUGGGUAUCCAAACUGGCAAAGAUUCAAAAUAUGCAGAGUCUGUUUGAAUUACUCUAACCUUUCAGAAAUGGGAAGAUUUUGUCAGCUAAGUCACAUUAAAGUUAAAGAGUAUGUUCUGAAAUCUAGAAGCAGUAAAAGUGAGCAAAUACGAUAGCUAUCCUCUGGGCUCACAAACAAGUCACUCAGUUCUUUUGAACACAAUAACAUGAAGUUUAUAGUGUCAGCUGGUAAAAUGAAAGCAUUUCUAGGUAUGAUUUUGGGUUUGUAUCUUUGAUUUCUACCGGUAAAAACCACAAAAGAAAUUGAAUUUUAUUAAUAAUUAAAUUAUUUUAUAUGGGUCAUGAUCAGGCUCUUCAUAUAAAGUUUUAAAAAGAAGACAUACAUACACACCUUUACUUACCAGCCUUCAUCUCUAGCUUCUAAAAUCUAUGAAAAAGGAACAUUUCCUUUAUAAAUAUGUGUAUCUUGAGUAUGUGAUUUUUGCAGGUUUUGUAAUAGUUAAUUGUAUCUUUUUCACAGUCCCAAGUUCUGUGAAAUGUUUCAUGAGACAUCAGGCAAAAGAAAAUGCCAGAUACAAUGCUGCAAGGAUUCUUCAUGCAUAGAAAGCAAGAGAUAAUUGUACUGUAAAACCAAUUCAAAGCUGGAAUAAUUUAUCUGUCAUCCUAUUUGUAAUAAUUGUCAUUUGAGUGUAGAAAAACUCAUCUCUGGCACCAUUCCUUUUCCUGCAAGAUACGAUCCUGAUGGAGCUGUUACGCAAAAGAGAUACUGAUGUCAGAAGAGACAGAUAAGCAUGACCAAGGGAAGAGGAUACUUGUGUGAAUGUCUGUAGCCACAGGAGAUGAGUAUCACAGUUAGAAGAGAACAAUGAGUAGUUAAACUUACUGGGAAUAUACUCCCCUGGGCUGAAAGAAUCCCCCUUCUCACAAAAGCACUCAUCAGACAAGCAUGUAGAGAGUAAUACUGGUGUAUAUAGGAAAUAAGAUAAAUUAAAAUUUGUAUGUAUAAAAGAAACCCUGUAGGAAGGCACACUUGAUUUGUGGGAGCCCACCAAGCUUUUCUCGAACCUGCAAUAAGCAAUGUCUGCUUCCUAAAUGUAGUCUCUUUGUGUGUAUUUCAAGAGCUAACAUAAAACAAUAACAGUUUUCUGGUGACCCACAUGGGACACCUGAUUCAGACUGGACCUUGAUGUGCUGCAUGCCACAGAGGGGAGCUUUCACUGCCUGGACUCCAGCACACACUGGAGGAUUUUUCCAGGGACUCCUCCCAUGAUCGCACUGGAGGUCAAGUAGCAGACCAAGGCCCUUAUAGACAUUGUGAUCAGGUGAUUUGGUUUGUUUGGUUUGUUCCCCCUAGUAAAUUGUAUCCACUUUUUGGUAUGUGUAGGAGGGAUUUUGGAAAUUGCCUCAUACGCUAGUACAGUGAUGACCAGAGUAUGGGGAGUCUGCUUGAGAGCCCUUCUCUUGCUAACACUGGUAAUUGUUAGAAGUCUAUUUGGUUUAUUUGUAUCCUGUAUUUGUGUUAUCAAAAUGGGUAAUGUGUCCUCAGCAGAAGAUGGCAUUACCAAAUGUUCAUCAUUAGGAUGUAUUCUGGGAAAUUCAAAUAAGCUUGGGGAUAAACCCCUUACCCCAAAAAAACUGAUGUAUUGUAAUGAUUGAUGGCAAUGGUAUACCCUAAAAGAUGGGUAUAACAUAUAUAUAUAUGUACAUAUAUCUAAUAUAUGUAUGUCUGUAUAUGUUUCAUAUAUAUUAAAGAAAAAGUUCUCGAAUAUGGGGAUGGUGGAUCACUGGAACAGGUUGCCUAUAGAGAUGCUGAAGGCCCCAUCCCCAGAGACAUUCAAGGUCAGGCUUAAUGGGGCUCUGAGCAAUCUGUUCUAGUUGGAGAUGCCCCUGCCUGUUGUAGGGGGGGUGGCCUAGAUGACUUUUAUAAGUCCCUUCCAAUCCAAUACAUUCUGUGAUGAAUGAAGCUGUGAGGCAUAGGGCCAAACAUCAGCUGAACAUGUCAGUAAUUCCAAGCAGCUGGAUAAAAGCAAACUAUGAAGUGUAGCAAGCAGACUACCACAUGUAAUAGUUACUCCAACCAGCACAGGGAAAACAGCUCAGCUGGACAACUUGAGAAUACUUUCAUAUUUUUAGAAAAAUUUACCUAUUUUGACAGAGAACAUAGAAAGCUAUGUGAAUUAUAGAAGUCUAGUAAAUGUAACUUAGGAAAAACACUUGUAGAAAUUAUUGGUUAGCUGUUAGAGAACUGAAGGGAGAAGGAAAUCUUCAAAUAGGAAAAAAGACUGCUGCAAAAAAAAGCAAGUAGUAAAUUUUGGUCUCUAAAGCUGUAUUUUCAGUAGCUGGUUCCUGAUAGUUUGGACUGACACUGCAAAUAAUUAUUGUUCUACUUACAGCUAAGAAUUUGUUUAUAAUAAACGGUGCAAAAGCAUGGAAAUUUUGUCUUCCUGAUAACAAUUUCUUGCAGAUUCCCAAAGUAAAUAUUAAUUAGAUCUUUUGACUCAUCUGUUUUACUGUGAAAUACAGUUUGUGGUCUAAACUGAUUAGAUUAAUGUUCUGCUGCAAAUAAUUUACUUCCUGUAGAAGGGGUAUCAGAAUAUAUGCAAAAGAAGGGAAAUGCAGAUUUAUUAAUUUUGCUGAAACAAACACUUAUUUCAGAAUAAGUGAUUUGUAAAUGUUUCAAAUCUUGUUCUCUACUGUAGAGCUCUUUGUUUGAAAAAGAAAAUAAACUUUUUUCUCAUCUAUUGUAGUAGUAGUAUCUUUGAUACAAUAACAUGGGAAGGAACACCAAUGCAGACAACAAAUGAUUUAAAACAGACGCGAAAUUCCCUCUAUUUAGAAAAUUAUAGGCACCGGUGAUGACAUAAGAUGUGUAUGACUAAUCUUAGUUAAUGCUUGCUGUUGCCAAUUAGCUUUAUUAGCACAAGCAAUUUGAGCACAGGAUGACAUUACUUUAAUUACUGUAAGCAGCUUGUUCAUUUAUUGAGUGGUGUGCAUUUAGAAGAGGGUUAUUCUAUCUGCAAAUUAAUCAUAAGCCUCUUUGUCAUUAGAAAUUGAAGAACUGAGAAAAAAAGAUUUUACCACACAAACAGAAAAAAAUGGGUGAUGAAACUCCGGCACAACUAUUUUAUUUUUUUUAUAAAAAGAUAAAAGCUAUUGUAUCAUUUCUGUUUGAAAGCUGUACAUGAAUGAUACAAAAUUAUUACCAUUAGAGUUAAGGUUAAUAAUGUCGACCAUUUGGUGGCAGCAAUGCAAGAAAACCCCACAAUAUAUCUUGUGAAGGUGUACAGCAAAAAUAAGGCUAAAAGUAUCUAGAACCCCCCACACACUCUAAGCUUUACAAAAUCCACAGGACUUACUUUCUCUUUGUUUAUAAUGUGAAGGUUAUUUUUUUACUUGUGUCACAGGUACCAAUUUUUCAUACAAAUAUGCAUAUCUUCAAAAGGUGGAAUGUGUGUAAUUUCAUUAGCAGAAUGGGAGUAGGUAUACUCAGAUGUGCCAGAGCAAAUUAAACAGAUCUGAAGCUGUGAGCUGGUUUCAUUUGCAAAACUACACUGGAUCACAAAACAAUUGCUGCAGAACUGUCAAAAUCAUGUUGAUGUUUUGGAAACAAGAAUUCAAAAUUCAAAAUGGGUUGGGUUUUUUCUUUGUGCAUUUCUUUCAACGGAUCUGUUGCAUAUCUUGUUUUGGACAAGAUAUCCACUGUUCAAAACUGAAUUUUAUAGGGUCUUAAAGAGUAAUAGGAUCCUUAUGUCAAGCUCUGCACUGUUGUUAGUCUCCUUGUUCAUCUGCGAUUCCUGUAGAAGUAUACUUCUAGAGAAAGCAGCCAGUCUGUGUCUUGUAUUAUGUGCAAGGCCAUAUCACAUAAUCAGUUGUGGAAUUCACUAUAUUUAGGCUGCUAGAGUGUGUGAAUCUCUGCUGUGAGAUUAAAAAAAUGAGUGUCUGGCUUUCAGUCCCAGGACAUCUGCAACUCAAAAUUUCCACUAGCUUCUGACAAAAUUAGUUUUACCAGACUAAGUUUCUUUUCAGUAAUGUAGAUAGCUUUACGACAGGGUGACACACUUAUUGGAUGAGGGAAGGAAGGUGGAUGGUAUCUACCUUGACUUUAGCAAGGCCUUUGACAAGGUUUCCCACAGAAUUCUCCUAGAAAAGCUGGCUGCUCAUGGCUUGGAUGUGCAUGUUUCACUGGAUAAAAAAACUGGUUGGAUGGCUGGGUCCAAAGAGUUGUGUUGAAUGGAGUUAAAUGCAGUUGGUGUUCCCCAGGGCUCAGUGCUGGGGCCACUCUUGUUUAACGUCUUUACUGUUGACUUGGAUGAGGGGAUCGAGUGCACCCUCAGUAAGUCUGCAGAUGACACUAAGCUGGGAGGGAGUGUCCAUCUGCUUGACGGAAGGGAGCCUCUCCAGAGGGACCUGAACAGGCUUGACUGAUGGGCCAAGGAAAAUAGCAUGAGUUUCAAUAAGGCCAAAUGUCGGGUCCUGCACAUUGGCCACAACAAUCCCUGGCAGUGCUAGAGGCUUGGGGAGGAGUGGCUGGAAAGCUGCCCAGCAGAGAGGGACCUGUGGGUGUUGAGUGACAGCCAUCUGAACAUGAGCCAGCAGCGUGCCUGGGUGGCCAAGAAGGCCAACACCAUCCUGGCCUGCAUGAGGAAUAGUGUGACCGGCAGGACCAGGGUGGUGAUCCUGUCCAUCUACUCGGCCUUUGUGAGGCCAUACGUCAAGUGCUGUGUGCAGCUUUGGGUGCCACAGUAUAAGAAGGACACUGAGGUGCUGGAGAGGGUGCAGAGAAGGGCAACGAGGCUGAUUAGGGUCUUGAGAACUGGCCCUAUGAGGAGAGGCUGAGGGAGAUGGGGCUGUUCAGCCUGGAGAAGAGGAGGCUGAGGGGAGACCUGAUUGCUCCCUACAACUGCCUGAGAGGAGGUUGUGGUGUAGUGUCUUGUCCCUAGUGACUAGUGAUGGGACAAGAGGAAAUGGGCUCAAGUUGCACCACGGGAGGUUCAAAUUGGAUAUUAGGAAAAAAUUCUUCACAGAAAGAGUGGUGAGGCAUUGGACCAUGCUGCCCAAGGAGGUGGUACAAUCACCAUCCUUGGAAGUGUUCAAAUAAUGGGUAGAAGUGGUGUUUUGAGAGAUGGUUUAGUGGUUAGGGGUUGUAGGGUGGAUGGUUGGACUUGAUGAUCUUGAAGGUCUUUUCCAACCUUGAUGAUGAUUCUAUGAUUCUAUUCUGUUGUGGCCAAAACUAGCUAUUGGAAUUAUUUCAAGCAAACUUCAUUAUUUAGUCCCUGCUUAUGGCUUUUCCGUAAUGCUGCCAGCUAUUAUAUUUAGAUUGGUGGUUGAGCCCUCCUCCUGCAUUUGGCUAGUUUUGGAUUUAGAUAUCCCUAUUUUUUAAGGAUGGGAAACAAAACUGAAACCCUGGUCCUAUGCCAUGACUAUUUGAUAUGCCCCUGGUAAACUUUCUAAUUCUUAUCAAUUCUUGCACAGGCUGCAGGGUCUUUCAAAGACAUUAGUCAAAGUUUCAUCUCGUUUUAGGGUGACAUUAAAAAAAAUAUAGACAACCAGAAUUGUUUUCUUUGCUUCUUUCAUUAUUUGAGGUACUAUUUUGUCUGACUAAAGUAGUCAGCAGCAUCCUAGUCAAUAUGGACCAUAUGCAAAUCUUAUUUCUAUAACAGAUGCAUUUUCUGAUAAUAAACUGCCCACCAUAUUCAUAUUAGAGAGUAGAAAAAGUGUUUUUUCCUCUAUUAUACCUAGCUUUAUUGCUCAUUGGGCUAACAAGAAACAUUAAGCAUAAGUAUAAUUUUAGUAGGGCCUAUUGGGAUAAGACAAUAGGGUAAUGGUUUUAAACUAAAAGAAAGUAGGUCCAGGCUAGAUAUAAGGAGGACAUUUUUAACAAAGAGAGUAAUAAAACCCUGGAACAGGUUGCCCAGAGAGUUGCUAGAUGUCCCACCCCUGGAAACUUUCAAGGUCAGGUUCAACAGGGCUCUAAGCAACAUCAUAUUAGUUAAAGAUGUGCCUAAUCAUUGCAGGGAGUAGUGGAAUAGAUGAUGUUUAAAAGUCCCUUCCCACCUUGAACCAUUCUAUGAGUCUAUUAUUUUGUAUUUCCUUUAAACUGCUGAUUCUCUUAUUUCCAUAAUCCUGAUCAUUCCAGAGUGUCCUACCAUCCUUUAUUUUAUUAAUACAAUUUUAUUUGGCUACAUUCCUAAAGAAAAAUCAAAAUAAGUUUGUAAGGUUCAAACAGUCUGAAAUACUGUAUCUUAACCCAGCUUUAAUGCAGAGCAGCAAGAACACUUCAAAAAUGCAAGUACAGAGCAAAGAAAAAUGUGUUUUGAGACUCCCAGUCUCAAAAUGAUGUGAAGAAGAGAGCUUAAACCCAAAGCAUACAGGUAUUGUUCAGAACAACUGAGUUAUUUUGAGUCAACAAUUGAAUAACUAAUUCUCUUUGUCCUGGUUUGAGCCAGGAUGAAGCCAGUUUUCCUUUUACUGAUUUUUUUUUCCCCGUUCAGUAACUUUUCUUUUAACUAGUACCAGAGUGUUCCAACUAAGACUGAUAACAGUGGAAUAUUUUUCUAACUGCUGGAUCUUCAAGGUCACACCUUUACUCUGCCGGCUCACACACUAUGGGGAGAUCUAUGACCCCCCCCCCAUAGAGGCUGAGUUAGACAGACAGCAAAAUUGGCCAGAGAUAAUCCAUUCCGUAUAUCUACGUAAGCUCAGACGAAGGUCAGAGAUCACAGCAGACAACUUCUAUCCUGCUUCUUUUUCCCUUCCAUCCAUGGCUGGAGUCCAGGGAGGACUCCAUCCAUCCAUCCAUCCAUCCAUCACCAUCGACCCCCAGGCUCGAGCUCUCCUGACUCAUCACUCUCUGCUUUCUCCAGCAGCAGUCUGGAAUUUUUCGGGACUGUUCACAGCUCAGGAGAGUGCUGUGGGAGUUGCUGGGGAUGGGAGGAGGCGAGAGGCUUUUGCACAUAUCUGAACAUAUUUGUAUAUAGUUAUAUAUGUUAUCUUUUAUCAUUGAUGUUUAAUUAAAGCUGUGUAGUUUAGUUUUCAAUCCAGAGUGUCUCUCUUCUAAUUCUCUCUCUCUUCUUCCCUACCUGGGUAGGAGGGAGGGGGGAUUGAGAGCAUUGUUGUUGAACCUGAGUCAAAUGGUGACACAUUUCUGUGUCAAGCUAUUUGCAAAUAUGUUGUCUCACAACAAAGUCUAAACUGUGUUCACAUAUUUGUUCAACUUUGGCUCUUUAGUAUGCAGAGCUUUAACUAUUGUGUCUCCAAAUUGAAAGCAGGUAGUGGUUAAGUCUGUAGAGUGCAAGAACAGCUUAAUCACCAGCUAGUAUCGGAUUUUCUAACUAACUGUAGUGGUUAGACAUCUUACUGUUCUGUGAGACUGUAUUGGUCGAAAUAGCAAUCUACCCUCUCUGUUUUCAUUGCUCCUAUUUUUUACCAUCCUGAUUUAUUUACAUAAGCUGAUUAUAGCCCCCUCUUAGAACACAUUAAAAAAUUAUCAUUGUUAGAAGAUUUGAAUAUGUGCCUGUAUACUAAACUCUGUUUCUGAGCGUCUCAAACUACUAUCACCCUGGUGAAGGAGAUCCCACCUGGGCUGCAUCUCGACUGACUUUUAAAACAUGAUUAUCAAUUAGUGGAAACCCAUACUGAGCUCUAAUGGGACUAUGUUUUAGUAUAUUCAUAAGUGAUGUGGCAAAAAGAGCAUUCAUGGGAAGCAAAAAAAAAUGAGGCAGCCUGCAGAGUGUUCCAAAAUUAUUUCACAACACUGAAUCAAAAUAGGCAGUAAAAGGGCCAAUAAAAUUCUAAGUUGAUAUUUUCAAAGUUAUAUACUUGGGGUUAAAAUGACACAUAGAGAGAAUCUUCUAACAGGCUCUAAUCUAGCUACCACAUUGGGGAAUAUUCUUGAGAUUACCUUUACAAUUAAAAAAAAGAAAUCAACUUCAUGAUGAGGGGGUAGUUAAAAAGGCUAGGUGAAUUUUAGGAGUUACUAGAAACAAAAUAAGGAACUCUUUAUAAAUCUAGUUUGCACUUGCAUCUAGAAUAGUGCUUUAUAACAAAUCAGACAGCAAGAACAAUGCAGAAGAGGUUAAUUACUAUUUAUAGAUAAUCAAACAAUAUAUUAAGGUAUCCAAAUACAUGAAUUUAGGGUUGUUUUUUUUUUUCAAUUUAAAAAUACUUAAAUACUACUUAAUAAGGAAGACUGGUGGUUAGCACCUCCACAUACUGCAUUUGGUGUAAAGGUAAUGAUUAUUUUUUAAAAAUUUUAGAUUAUUUAGAAAGAAAACCCCACAUCCCUAAUCAGUGUUAAUACAGUCGUAAGCCAAAUCCUGCUCAAUUCCUUCAAGCUUUAUAAAUACUUCCAUUGGCAGGGUUGGGGAGUAGAGAGGGAAAAGUUCAAACAAAUAAAAAAAAAAGAAAAAGGCAAAGGGUGAGAACUAUAUCAGCAAGAUUCAGCAUGGAGAAUACCCAAGGAACAAGGCCAAGCAAUAAAAUGGUAUCUAGAAAACAGAAUUAUAAGGUUACAAAGAAAUGCACACAUUGCUUACAGUAGUUUUGUUUUGUUGUUGGGCUUUGGGUUGGUUUUUUUUUGCCAAUGAGAGGACUAUUUUACUAUUUAAUGUUUUCUGAAGGGUCUAUGAAUUAGUACUUUGUUUUAAAAAUGCUGUCUUGAGGAAAAUUACUAUGCUUCUUCAUAGCCGAGAAUGACUCACAAAGCUUCUUGAUUGACAUCAAUUGCAUUUUAAAGGUCUUCAUUUACAGAAUUCUAAUAAAAAUAUUUUAGACAACUCUAAA